AUGGUUGCAGCGUUGGAACGAGGACUAAGCGCUUCAAAAUCAUUCAAUUUCAAAAGAAUGUUUGAUUCAUCAUCAACAAAACAACAACAACCUCAAACCAUAGUUGUGGAGAACGGAGAUUCACAUCUUGUUGAAUCUAACACGCCUGAAAGCCAAAACUCUGAUUACUUGGCAGAUAGCCCCGUUGAGAGCACACCUCCAAUGAUUUCUCCUCUUAAUCGGCCGGGAAAGCGUCCUGACAGACAACAAGCAGAUACUGAGAUGAUGAAGGACAGGUUCGCAAAAUUACUUCUUGGAGAAGAUAUGUCCGGUGGUGGAAAAGGAGUAUCUUCUGCUCUGGCUCUUUCCAACGCCAUCACAAAUCUUGCUGCGUCGAUAUUUGGAGAACAAACAAAGCUGCAACCCAUGCCGCAAGAUAGACAAGCUAGAUGGAAGAAAGAGAUUGAUUGGUUGUUGUCUGUCACCGAUCACAUUGUCGAGUUUGUUCCUUCUCAGCAAACGAGCAAAGAUGGAGUUUGCACCGAGAUUAUGGUGACAAGACAAAGAGGUGAUCUUCUCAUGAACAUCCCAGCUCUUCGAAAACUCGACGCUAUGCUCAUCGAUACACUUGACAACUUCAGAGGACACACCGAGUUUUAUUAUGUGUCGAGAGAUUCAGAAGAAGGGAAACAAGCAAGUAAUGCUCGGUCAAACGACAAAUGGUGGCUCCCUCCGGUGAAAGUUCCUCCCGGUGGUUUAUCUGAACCGGCUCGGAGAAUGCUUUACUUCCAAAAAGAUUCAGUCACACAGGUCCAAAAAGCUGCAAUGGCCAUUAAUGCUCAAGUCCUCUCCGAAAUGGCAAUACCCGAGAGCUACAUCGACUCUCUCCCAAAGAACGGCAGAGCCAGCCUUGGGGACUCGAUCUACAAGAGUAUAACAGAGGAGUGGUUUGAUCCAGAGCAGUUCUUGUCAAUGUUGGACAUGUCAACAGAGCACAAAGUGUUGGAUUUGAAAAAUAAGAUUGAGGCAUCUGUUGUGAUAUGGAAGAGGAAGCUUCAUGUAAAGGACAGCAAAUCUUCUUGGGGAUCAGCAGUUAGCUUGGAGAAAAGAGAAUUGUUCGAAGAGCGAGCGGAGACGAUUUUGGUCUUACUCAAACAGAAGUUUCCUGGCCUUCCUCAAUCCUCCCUUGACAUCUCCAAGAUUCAGUUUAACAAGGACGUUGGACAAGCGGUGUUGGAGAGUUACUCGAGGAUACUUGAGAGCUUGGCUUACACUGUGAUGUCGAGGAUAGAAGAUGUUCUUUACACAGAUUCUUUGGCACUAAAGCAAACUCUGUUGGCUGAAGAAACAUCAGAUGGUGGGAGAACAACCGAGACGGAUUCAGAGUCAGCGGGAUCUUCUAACUCGGGGGAAGAAACCGAGAAGCUUGACCCACGCUACUCUAAGACCUUGUUGGAUUUCAUGGGUUGGAGUGAUAAUAGUUCCAAAAGCAGCGAGAAACCUACUAAAUCCCCAGGUCUUACGCCGAAAAAGUUCUCCUACUUGGAGAAUUUGAAUGGUUUUAGAAGUCCCAAAGCUAGACAUUGA